AAGUGCAGAGAGGGUGGAUGGGGCUUUCCGAUGCAGAGGGUAGAAAAAGAGCAAUAGAGGGGGUUUAGAGUGGGUGACGUAAAACAGCAAUCGAGGGGAAAGAAAAAAAUUGUUCCCCUGCCUGCAGCAGAUGAACUGAGAUGUAAAUACUAAAAGACAGAGAGAACAAAAGUGACAGAGAAACCGAAGAGACAGAAGAAGACAACUGACGCAAUUGUGUGGGCCAGUGUGACUACAUCAAAUUCCCAAUAACAUAAACAGAAGGAUCGAGACAUCACGUCAAGCUUCAAGUGACCAUGAUUAAUGUGUAAGCCAACAGACCUUGUAUGACUGCACAAAACUCUUCACACUGAACGCAUCGAACUGAGACAACUUUUGACCACGGCAAGAUGGGAGACGAUAAAUGCCAAAAAUGUCCGAAAGGAAAAUUUAUGCGUGCCAGAUGUAACUCAUCACAAAGUACAGUGUGCGAAACCUGCCCUCAUGACCAAUUUAUUGACGUGGAAAACAGGAUGACCGAGUGUCGGCCCUGCAGAAAGUGCACCAGCGGCAGCCAUCUGGUGGUGCAAAAGGAGUGUCAGGCAGACAAAAACACCCAGUGCAAGUGUGAAUCAGGAUACUACUGUAAACACUUAAGCGAUAAUGAUAACGAUUCCUACUGUGAUCAUUGCACUUCAAUCUCCACCUGUCCUCUGGGGCAAGGGGUCGCUAUUCAGCACACACCCACAACUGACACUGUAUGCAAACCCUGUCCUGAGGGCACCUACAGUGAUAAGGUGGACAACUGGUCCAGCUGCAAAAAUCACACAAGUUGUGAUGAUUUGGGUCGACAAGAGAAAAUUCCCGGUACCAACAUAUCAGACGCUCAGUGUGGAGAUUUUAAAUGUAAUAUAACUUGUUCUUGGGCCUUACCUGCUAGUCUGUGGACAGGAUUUGUGCUAUCUGUCAUGGUUGUAUUUUUAGCCCUGUAUAUAAUUUAUUGGAGAAACAAACGGCGGUCAAAAUCAUUAGAGUUUACCUUAAGCACGAUCUCACCGGUGCUUCCUCCAGACAUCCUGAAAUACCCUGCUGACUGUGAUGUGGAGAAAUGUGCAGAACUUCACAAUUGUCUCACACAUAUAGAAAAUUACCCAGACAUGGAUGGUAGCCUACAGUGUGAUGGAGCAAAGCCAUUGAUGACAAUGACACCGAAAUACAGUCAAUCUACUGCUGCAAGUGGAUAUACAGACAGCAUUAUGCAGUACUCCAUCUGUCAGUCAGAGCCGCAGGAAUCUGAAUGGACUGAUUAACUUUGGCACUGUAGCUCACUAUUAACCUGUCAACUAUACUAUCUACUGUUUUUGUAUUUUGUUUUUUCUUUCAUUUUAUCAGUGUUCUGGUUUAAUUGCAUUCUGGUUGAAUAUGUGUGUAAAUAACUAGAUUUCUAUUUUUAUAUAUUUUUUAUGUAUAAACAUGUCUUAAAUUAGCAUUCAACAAAGGCCAAAGUGAACAAAACCCAUCACAGUUAAACUAGUUUUAUAGUACUUGAAUUAAUCCGUUGAGGUAAUUCUAGUUGCUCUUUACUGAAAUAAAAACUAAAGUACUUCAGUAUUUAUUGCAGUUCACUGUUACAGUAGCAAUUCAUUCACAUUGAGUAGUAAAUACACAACACGUAUAUACAAUAUACAAUACAAUAGAAUACUUAACUAUAGUAUUUUUCAAAGUGGGUAGACUAAUGUUGUAUAUAGCCAAGAUGCUUGUUGUUUUCAUGUAUCAAACUAUCAUUUCAAUAAACUUUGUAUUUUUCAAUAACCUCGUGAUGAUUGUGUACUAACAAAUCUUACCGGAAGUUGACUGCAGACGCAAGCUUUUCUUUGCUCAACGUAAUAUUCGCGGCCAGUCAAACUCGACAAGGAAGUAAAACGUGGAAGAUGCAGUCAGCUUGUCCUCUACCGUUGAUACAGCGCUUUACUUAUUAUUACGCCCCAGUAGUUUACUGUUAGUAGUCCAUUGCCGCCCCUCGGUGGUAAGUGAGGAAAAUGCAUUGCUAUUGCACGUUUACAGCUUUAUUCAGUUUAUGUUCAAUAAACCUCGAGUACUUUUUUGAGAUUUUAACAGA